AUGGCGACCACACAUGUGAUUGCGUCCAACCAGGGCGCUCACCUCACGGGCGGGAGCCACUCGUCGAGCUCGAGCAACAUUGUCGGCGUGCACUACAAGGUCGGCAAGAAGAUCGGAGAGGGCUCGUUUGGCGUCAUCUUUGAGGGUACCAACUUACUCAACUCUCAGACUGUGGCCAUCAAGUUUGAGCCACGCAAGUCGGACGCGCCGCAACUACGGGACGAGUACCGCAGCUACAAGAUCUUGAGUGGAUGCCCUGGUAUCCCCCAGGUGUACUACUUUGGCCAGGAGGGCUUGCACAACAUUCUUGUCAUUGACCUAUUGGGUCCCUCGCUCGAGGACCUCUUUGACAUGUGCGGCCGCAAGUUCUCGGUCAAGACCUGCUGCAUGACUGCUCGACAGAUGCUCUCCCGUGUCCAGACCAUCCACGAGAAGAACCUCAUCUACCGCGACAUCAAGCCCGACAACUUCCUCAUCGGGCGACCCGGGACGAAAGGGGCUGGGACCAUUCACGUCGUCGACUUUGGCAUGGCCAAGCAGUACCGUGACCCCAAGACAAAGCAGCACAUCCCUUACCGCGAACGUAAGAGCUUGAGUGGAACGGCUCGCUACAUGUCGAUCAACACCCACUUGGGUCGCGAGCAGUCUCGCCGUGACGACCUCGAGGCCCUGGGCCACGUCUUCUUCUACUUCCUUCGUGGCGGCCUGCCAUGGCAGGGUCUGAAAGCUGCGACCAACAAGCAGAAGUACGAGAAGAUUGGAGAGAAGAAGCAGUCGACACCCAUUGCCGAGCUCGGCGAGGGUUAUCCUUCCGAGUUUGCCAUCUACCUCAGCUACGUCCGCAAGCUUACCUUUGACGAGACGCCCGACUACGACUUCCUCCGCGACCUGUUUGCGACUGCGUUGGCAAACGCGGGCGAGGUCGACGACCAGGUGUACGACUGGAAUCUUCUCAACAACGGGAAGGGGUGGGAGGCUGGCACGUCGCACUCGUCUGCCGAUGUCCAGAGACAGCCCACGCGCAACCGCGACAACCGCGGCGACCGCGUUGACCGCCUCCGCAACGGUUCGGGCGGCGGGGCAACGCCACGAGGCGCGCGCAAGUCGGCGUCGCAACAGCCAAACGCGAGCAACCAGGCGAUUGUCAACGUUGCUGCGCCGUCGCACCAGAACUCGCGACACCACUCGCAGCAGGGCGGCCACCCCUUCGCGGCCAACGCGAUGAACUCUGGCGAAUACGGGUAUGACUCGGCCAACCCAGGCGGCAAGGGUGCCCAGCCCAUCUCUCCCAUGAACGUCAACUCACGCCCAUCUGGAACGCAGGGCAACUCGCAGCAGCACGCAGACCCCGAAUACCGGGAGAACCGCGGCGGGUUCCUGUCUUUCAUCACCUGCCGGGCAUGCCGGUAG